GAUUCAUAACUCUGUCACUGGUAGCUGCGUGCCCAUCGUACGUGGACCAUUUGUAUUUUAGGCUGUAGGGUCCGGCGGAUCUGAUCCCUGAGUUUUGCUUUUCCAAUAGUGAGCACAAGUUGUUCUUUGAAUGCUCGGUAAGAGGACAUAAUGAUAUUCCUGACAUAAUCGAUAGUAGAUCGAAGCUCAUCGUACAUGUUUGACGGGAAAAAUAGAAGCUCGAAAAGUUGUGUGUCUCGAGAAGAAAAUAAAAAAAAUAUAAAUGAACACGAAAAGAAAAAUAUCUUAUCAAUAAAAAGUCAUUUGCGAUUGGUCGUUAAACCUCAGCAAGUUAAUAAAGAAGAUGUACGAAAGAUCGUUUCGAUUUUAGAUCAAAUGACCAGAUGCAGAUUUCUCUCAUUGUUGCUGUUAGCAGCUUUGGUGGUGAGUGCGAAUGCAGCGAAGGGUGGAGGCCCUCGUGGGGCUGGUAGAAAUCGUGGCGGAAGAAGAAUGUACGGAUCUUCGGCAAUACCUAUGUCACAUCGAAACUCUGCAAGUGCUCGCUAUUACGAGAACAAAGAUGGUGCAAAAAUUGUCAAGGCCUCUCACUUUGAAUUGGAUUAUAUGUUAGGAAGAAAGAUCACUUUUUUCUGUAUGGCCACGGGAUAUCCAAGACCUGAGAUUACCUGGCUCAAAGAUGGUAUAGAACUUUACCAUCACAAGUUUUUUCAAAGCACCAUGCGAUACGCUACAUUCUUGAUCAUUUUAUUGACUAUUUUAUUGUUAAAUUCUCGCGAAAGUUUUGGCAGAAGAGGUCGAGCCAGAGCUAGAAGUAAGUCUCGCGUACAGAUAGGUCUACCUAUCACUGGAAAGUAUCGUGAUACGGAAAGUGAUCAAUAUUACAACAACGACAAUGGAGCCAAGAUAUUACUAGCUUCUCAUUUUGAUUUAGAAUACGUAUUGGGACACAAAAUAGCUUUUUUGUGUGUUGCACGUGGUACACCGAGACCGCAUAUUACAUGGUUCAAAGAUGGAACCGAGAUUUACAGUCAUCUUUAUCUGCACGUACACGAAUGGCAAGUCGGUCCCGAUAAAGUCAAAUCUAAACUCGAGAUCGAUCCUGCUACUCAGAUGGAUGCAGGUAUCUAUGAAUGUACCGCCGACAAUAUGUACAGCAUCGACCGGAGAUCAUUCAAAACUGACUUUUCCAUCGCUUUCGAUUAAAAUUGAACGUAACGCUUUAAAGAGGUAACCAUAGAUUGAUUUUUUAUUAGAUGAAAAACAUAUCGAAGUGAUUAACGUGAGACACAACAAAUAAAUCUAGCGUGUUAUACAUUGAGACGUAAUAAAAGAAAAAAAAAAAAAGAA